AGCAAGCAGUAACAUACUGGGAGGUUUGUAAAACUGAACACAAGAGCUUUUUACUGUAAACAGGAUGGAGACUGUGGAUUUUUACCAAACUGAUUCAAGACGAACAUGUCUUCAUUUGAACAUGAUAAAGACAAAAUUGUAUUGGUCUUUUGCUUACGGAAUAUGAAUUGUGAAGACAAUGGAAUUAUGUGUUCUACAGCACAGACUCAACCAAAAUGUUAAUUGCAGCAUAAAAUUUUGUAUAUAACUUGUUUAUUUUUACUUUGGAAAGAGCAAUAUGAGAGACAUAUGUAUAUGGCUGUCUAUUCUCUUUGAGCUUUCAUUAAUAUGGCCUUGUGCCAUAAGUAUGAUUUUCCUAAACUCUAUUAAUCAACACACUAAACUUGUAAAUCAUGUAAGAGUCAAGCGAGGAUGGUCAUGGGAACCAUUGUAUGUUACUGAAGAACAAGAAGUGAAAAAAGCAUUGUAUGUUGGACAGAUAAGGUCUGAUUCUGAUAAACAAGAUGGAUCAAUCAAAUAUAUUUUAUCUGGAGAUGGAGCUGGAACAAUAUUUGCAAUGAAUGAAAACUCAGGAAAGAUCUCAGUCCUUAAAAAACUUGACAGAGAGGAAAAGUCAUUGUACACUCUCCGAGCUCAGGCCAUCAAUAGAUUCACGGGUGUUCCUGUUGAAGCAGAAUCUGAAUUUGUUAUAAAAAUUCUGGAUAUCAAUGAUAAUGAGCCGAUGUUUAUCAAUGGACCUUAUAUUGCUGAAGUUCCAGAAAUGUCUCCUAAAGGGACAUUUGUUAUACAAGUAACAGCUAUAGAUAUGGAUGAUCCAACACAUGGGAAUAAUGCCAGACUGGUUUACAGCAUUCUACAGGGACAACCCCAGUUUUCCAUUGAAAUAAAAUCAGGAAUAAUUCGUGUUGCUUCACAAAUUGAUAGAGAAACCAAAGAUCAUUAUCAUGUUAUAAUCCAAGCCAGAGACAUGAUUGGUAAUGUUGGUGCUCUGUCAGCAACAACAACUGUAACCAUUAAAGUAUCUGAUAUAAAUGAUAAUGCACCAAAAUUUCAACAAAAAACAUAUAACAUGUCAAUAAUAGAAUCAGCAUCAGUAGGAGAAAUUGUUGGAAUCAUUUUUGCUGAUGACAUUGAUAUUGGAAGGAAUGCAGAAAUGGUUUACUCAAUUGAAGAAAAGGGUGAUUACAAUAUGUUUAAUAUAAGCACUGAUUCUAUAACGCAAGAAGGCAUCUUAACAUUAAACAAGGUUGUUGACUUCGAAAGGAGAAGCAGAAGAUACAUCAUUCAAGUAAUAGCACAAAACAAGUUCCAAAUCGAUUUGUUUGAUACAGCAAUUAUAAGGAUCUAUGUUAUAGAUGUUGAUGAACCUCCAGUGUUUAUCAAGAAAGAAUAUUUCAUGGAAAUACUUGAAAAUGCAACUAUUGGAUCAUAUAUUGGUUCUGUGACUGCCAAAGACCCAGAUAUUACCAAUAGCACAGUCAGGUAUGGAAUUCUUCAAAAAAAGUAUUCCAGAUCAUUUGAAAUUCAUUCAAACAAUGGCUCAAUUAUCACAGCCAAACACCUGGAUAGAGAGUCUGAUUCUUGGCAUAAUAUAACAGUAACAGCAACAGAGGCAAAAAAUGAUGCCCAUGUAUCAUAUGUGCAAGUGCAUAUUCGAGUUAUUGAUGUAAAUGAUAAUGCUCCUCAACUUCAAAAUGAAUACGAUACAUAUGUCUGUGAAAAAGCAAGAGCAGGACAGCACGUAAAGACCAUAAUUGCAGGUGAUAUAGAUGAAUCUCCACUCACACUUCCAUUCUCCUUUACUUUACCCUCUGAAGAAACCAACAAUGCAAACUUUACAGUCAUAGACAAUGGAGAUAACACAGCUUCCAUUUUGACACUUCGAGAUGGAUAUAGCUAUCAAGAGAUGCCAUUACUUUACUUGACAAUUAUAAUUAGUGACAAUGGGAUCCCUUCACUAAGCAGCACCAACACACUAACCAUUAAAGUGUGCGACUGUGGUUCUGAUAACAACACAGAGUCUUGUAGGCCAGGAGGAUUUUUCUUAAACUUUUUGAACUCUGGUGCAUUUAUUGCAAUCUCUGUUUUUACCGUUUUAAUUUUAGUUUUGGCUUUGCUUAUUCACAUGAAAUUCCAGAAGAGACAUGCCAUGUUAGCUGAGAAAGGAGAAGACUUAAAAGAGAACAUUGUCAAGUAUGAUGAUGAAGGAGGAGGAGAAGAGGACACGGAAGCUUUUGAUAUGAUAGGACUCAGACAUCACACAGUGAUGAGAGAACAUAAGAAAAAACGUACUAUAAGAACUGAUAUUCAAAGUAUGUACAGAUUGUCAUUGGGGCUUGGUCCUGAUGUUGCUAUUUUUAGAGAAUUCCUUACAGAAAAAUUAGAAGAAGCAAAUUCAGACCAAAGUGUUCUUCCACUGGACUCUCUUCAUAGCUAUGCUUUUGAAGGUACAGGAUCAACCUCAGGAUCGCUCAGCUCUAUAGAAUCAAGCGGAUCAAAUACUGAUCAAUACUUCUAAAAAAAAAAGAAAAAGUUGCAGCAAUCAGCUACAUAUUCGAUGAUAUGCUAAAAAACUUGUCAAGUAUUAUUACAGGACAGCAUACAGUACAGUAUGUAACUUCAUAUGAAAUAAAUGCUGUUUGCAGUGUAAAAAAAAACUAACAUUUUUGUAACACCUUUUUACUAGAGACACACAGUAUAUUAACUCUCACAGUUUGGCACUCUGAAUGCUAAUAUCCUGAUUUUGACAAAUUGGUAAAUAAUGUUUUGUUUAUACUUCAUGCUAAAAUAAUUUUGGAGGUUAUAAAAGAUUCUAGAAUGUACAUUUCUUCAAAAGUUAUUUUAUUUAAGUGAUUUGUCAGCUACGAAUGAAUGAAAAUCAGUACUGUACUGGUUAAAUUACAUCUAGAUGGGGAUCUUGGCCUUAUCACUCCCACAAAACAAAGUCAAUAUGUCUCAGUUUUGUGAAAUGUAGACCAUUACUGCCCACUCCCUGCCCCCCAGGCAGCUGCAGACACUCAAAAACCGACUGCAGCCUUACUGCAUCCUGGGACGCAGGACACAUAUGUAGUUUGGGUCCUGCGCAUGCGCAGUGUUCCAAACAUCGGUACUCUGUGGCCACCACAGAAUAAUGACCGAACCUGAAUCAAGCUCAAUACAAGUGCUCUGGGUUAGUGGUACAGGACCAGUUCGUAAUAUUUAUGGUCAAUGUAAUAGACAAAAAUAGUCCUUGUGGCUGCCAAUCAUAAAAUAUAUGAACAAACAGAAGCGAAUCCUGUCCCAUACCACAUAACUGAACAUAAGGAUGACAUAUAAACACAAAUUACUUCUUUUAAUAUUUUUUUCUGCAUUUAUCCAUCACAAACAUUUGGCCUAGGGGUGCUGUGAAAAACAGUCUGACACUCUAGGGCGCUGUGAUUGAAAAAAGUUUGGGACCCUGUAAAGUCUAAAUUUCCUUUUUAUGUGAUAGACUAGUAUUCAUUUGGAAUAGCUUUUUUCUUUAAUAUUGUGUUUUAAUACCGAGCUUUCUAUUGAUAACAGAGUGAAGUAAAUAUAUUUUUGCAAUAAGAGUGUUAUGUAGGGAAAACCAGACACAAAGCGCAAAGUGCCAGCAUAUGCCAAUGCAUAUAUGCAUUCAUCUACAGCAUGUCAGACUGUUGUAUGUAUGCAUCACUCUGUCCCACUGUUUUCCCUUCCAUGGCUGAAGUUGUCUUUAUUAGUAUCUGUUUAACACCCUAAAGUGUUUGAGGAUCAACUGAUAAAGUUUGCUCAUUGUUCUAGUCAUUACUGGGAUCUCGUUCACCCUUUGUAUAUGGAAACAAUUUACUUUAAAGCUUUAAAGUUAUUUUAGCUAAAUAGCCCAUACACAUCUUAAAUAACACCUGUUAGUCUAUGCACAUGGCCAUAUACUGUACGUUGGUGCACUUCCAGGUACUUUUGUCAAGUUUGGCAGAAAUAACAUCCAGAGUACUUAAGAACACGUUCUGAGAUAUAUGUCCUAUGGAUGGUAAGCGAUUACUUUUAGUAAACCAAGUAGGCUGACAGUCUGUACUCCCUUGUGUAGUUGCUGAUAAUUGGAUAGCUUAUUGAACUUUAAAUACUGUAGUUAAUUUUUUUCUAAGCAUCACAGUUGCUGUACUCAUCCAGUUCAGGACCUACAGUAUUCUGUUCAGUUAGUACUGUAUGUACUGUACAUAAUAAGGAAUCAGCCUCAGUUAAGCUACUUAGCAUUAUGGUUACUAUGUGUAGCAAAUGCUGAAACUCCCAGCUAUGACAGAGUGCUGCUGCUGACAAGGAUACUAGGCUACUUGUCGCAUUCUGGGUUGCAGCUGCCGCAGCCCGCCCCCCGCCUCGGUCCAGCUCACUGCUAGUUUUGACCAUCCUUACUUCUAAUUGGAUCACCAAAGGGUCUAAUUCAGAGUUGAUCUCAGCAGCACGAUUGUUCUCUAAUGGGCAAAACCAUGUGCACUGCAGGUGGGGCAGAUAUAACAUGUGCAGAGAGAGUUAGAUUUGGGUGGGGUGUGUUUAAACGCAAAUUUAAAUUACAGUGUAAAAAUAAAGCAGCCAGUAUUUACCCUGCACAGAAACAAAAUAACCCACCCAAUUCUAACUCUCUCUGCACAUGUUAUAUCUGCCCUACCUGCAGUGCACAUGGUUUUGCCCAUUAGAGAACAAUUUUGCUGUUGCGAUCAGGUCUGAAUUAGGCCCAAGGUCCAGAGUUACCAAGACUUUGGACAGCAAGGACAGAUCUUACUUUUCAGCUAUUUAUUGCCUUUUUAGAGGCAUGAUAGAAAAGGACCCUAGGAUUAUGUGUGUAUUGUAAUAAUGUAAAGUGAUUUGGAAGGUACAGUAGGUCAAAUAUAACUUAAUCUGUUAACAUACAAGCUGUAUGCAAAGAGACAAAUUUUACAAAAGUACCGUAAAUCUUUUCUCCAUGAAUUAAUGCACUAAUGUUUUGACUUUUUCUUUUACAGCUCUUUUGUCCAGCCAUUUAUUUGCUUUUGCUGAAGUAGAUUGCUAGCCAUAUUUUAAAAUAUCAUAAGGACUGACGUUGGCUGCAGUAGUGACCCAAAAUGUAGGCACAGUUUGCAUUCUCUAAAAAAAAGCUUCAGUUUUGGGUAUAUGGAAUGCUGUAACUCACAAUAUAUGUGUACGCAGCAAAUGCACUCGGAUUACACCAGGCACUUGGUGCAUGCAGCUAUUCCUAUGCUUAUAAAACACAUUUGAUAAUAGGCAUCAACCACUAAUUUCCCCUGCCACUGCUUGCUUUAUUGAUUCAUGCUGUACUGUAUCUCUCUUUUGAAGGCCUUUACAGUGGAUGCAUUUCAGUAUCUAGUUGCUCAUACUGUAUAUGUAUUUGACACUUAUUACAAAACAUGAUGACUCAAUAUUGUGGUAUUUGUAUUUAUUGUGAUGUAUAUUAUACAAUAAAUUAUAUGUUUUCAAGUAUCCAUGGCUGUAUAUUUAAUACUGUAUAUGUUUUGUUUUGAUAGUAUU